GCGGCGCUUGUUUCCGGGCCGGGCUGCCUUUCGUGACGGACGCAAGAUGGCGGCGCCCGCCUUGCGGGACCACUGAGAGGGCUUCACCCGUAAGCAGCGCCGGCGGCAGCGGGAGACGCUACAAUGCGGUUGGCGAGGGCUGGUUUGCACGGGGUCUUCGCCGUCUACAAGCCCCCCGGCGUGGCGUGGAGGACCGUGCGGAACUCCGUGGAGACCCACCUGCUGAGAGACUUGAACUCAUUCGAGCGACCAGCACCACGGCGGCUUGUACGUUUCCUCCCUAGCACGGUGGAAGGAAAGGAUGGGAAGGAAUUGACUAUGACGGUUACGCAGCUCCCAGCUAUGGCUGACCAUCCUCUAGUUUCUGGACCGAUAUUCAGACAUCUGAAAGUUGGAGUAGGCCAACAUCUGGAUCCAAUGUCCUCUGGGGUGUUUGUGCUUGGGGUGGGUAACGGCAACAAGUUGCUUCCAGCCUUGCACAAUGCUCAUCUCACCAGGACUUACACAGUUUGUGGCUUGUUUGGCAAAGCCACAGAUGACUUCUCGGACACGGGCAAACUGAUCGAGAAGGCAACAUUUGACCACAUCACCAGGGAGCAACUGGAGAGGAUCAUUUCUGUUAUCCAGGGGUCCAAUCACAAGGCUUUACUGCAGCCGCCUCCGCCCCUUUCCUUCCUUCCGCUGCGUCAUUACUGCCUGCCCAGAGAGCAUGAGGAGCUGAAGAGCUCCCAGCCUCUAAGCUUCCGGAACAGCCGUGCCCACCCUCGGAAAUGGAGUGUGAAGCAGUCCAUGGGCAGCGACGAACAGAAGCCAGUGGGGCGGGUGGUGCUGAUCUGUGUGUCAGGACUGGCAUUUCUAGCGUGGUGUGUGCUGCGCCGCACGACUGACAUUGACAGGCUUCUAGAGGAUGCCAUGCAGGAGGACUCCCCAGAGCAGGAGUCCCAAACGCCUCCAUCUGGACAGGGGAAGCCUUGAUGCAGGGGUGGUGGGCAGGGACCUCUUGCCACUCUAGAUUCCUGAUUCCACCCCACCCCCAGGCUGGGUCCCUGGAAACUGCUUGUUCUAUGGCAUGGGUGUGAAUAAAAGCAAAGACCACCACCACAGAGGACGUCAAAAGACAUUUCCUGAACACGGACAUGGUUCUGUUCCCAGUAGAAAGCAACACAGAAAGUUCUUUUUCAAAGCAAGAGAAGCCAUCUGGUGGAGCUCAAUUGGUUAAAGAGGGACGCUAUUCUGUGUUGCAGGCACACUCUCUUUUAUGUGUGAAGAGAAGGAAAUUUGUCUAAAUGAUUGUGCAGCUGCUGAUUCUGUUGGCUCUUAAUGCUUGGUUGUAAUUGGUUUAAAAUAAUAAAAUAAUAAUUGCCUAGAUCCAGGUUCGAGGCAAAUACUCUCUUGGUGAGAGAGCCCCAGGAGAGGUUUUAAAUCACAAAACAUGCAACAAAGCAAAGCGUGGAAAUAUAGGCUGUUAGACCUUUAAAAUAUCCCCUUCUGGGUUUCUUCCAAAGUUCUCCUUUACUUCUCCUUUAGCAUGGAGUGAGCAGUCCAGAAGUCCUUUCUGGUCAGUCUCACAUGAUGGAAGAGGGUGAACAAAAGGCUUUGGUGCCCCUUCCUCUCGAGGCGAGGGGGGCGUGACCUAGUUAAAUUUGGCAGAACUGCUUACUCCAAACUGUCGCGACAUGGUCGUGUGUUAACUGCAGUGUGUAGGUGUUUCGUGCAAACGCUCCCCGUGCUCUUCCUGGGGCUGGAAAGGAGGUAGUUUAGUUUACAGAGUAAAACUGAAUUACUGUGUUGCAAAAUGAUGCAUGUGUAAAAAGUUUGUCACCAACAUGAAAAGUUUGGAAAGCUCUGGCUUACGCAUUAACUACAGCAGGGUGGCCCAACUUUUCAUACCAAUGGGCCACAAGCGUACUUUGACUCGAAACCUACAGGCUGCCUUGUAACAUGAGGGUGGGUGGGCUAAGGCCAAAAUUUGAAGGCCCUGCCCCCAUCCCUUGUGCUGCCUUCUCAGAGCCAGCUAAGCAAAGCACUGGACUGUGGGAAGGAUGUGUCAGGCUCGGGCAAGGUCCUAGAGUGCCUUCCCAAAGCUAGGAAAGUGCUAAUUAGGCUUUGGGAACUCUGAGGACUGUGGUGUGUGUGUGUGUGUGUGUGUGUGUGUGUGUGUGUGUGUGUGUGUGUGUGUAAAUGUUGCUGAGGGCCGGGCCAUGCGUUGGAUCAUCCUGAACUACAGCUAAGCAUACUGGUUAUGUGAGGCUGAUAUUUAUCUCACAAAAUCUGGUUUGAAAAAUGAAACUCCAGGGUAAAAAUAAAUCUCUCAGUCUUGUCACAUAAAGGGGAUAGUUUGGCUGUAACUGUGGCUUAGUAUUAACAGCACUGACCCUACUUGAGCCUUGGGAUCUACCUUGGUAGCACUGCGGUAAUUUUUUUUAAAAAAAUUAAUUAAUAGUUCCGUCUUAUGUCCAAGCACAAGAAAUUCUGGUUGGGUUAGUGCAGGAGUACACAACCUGAGUUGCUGAACUCCAGCUAUCAUCAGCCCCAGGCAGUACGGGGCAGUCAGGUCAUAAUGGAAGGUGAAGUCCAGCAAUUUCUGGAGGGCAACACGAUUCCUACUUUAGUUAGCAAACAAAGUGGCAUGAUAAACUAUGGCUUAACCCUGGUUUGUUUGAAGUAACUAAAGGUCUCUUGAGCUCAGACAUAAUAAAGGAAGGCUGCUGAGUUUUAGAAGUGGAAACUUUGUAUCUUCUCAAGAGGAGAGGAGCAUGGAACUCAGAGGCUCAAACAGCCUGUUCAUGCAGUGCUAAACUAUGGUUUAGCAUAGCAUCUGAAAAGACCCAAAGUAUUCCCCUCCCCUAGCCCAGUCUUGCCUAGAUAUUGGAAGCAUACCACACAGAGACAUAACCUUAAGCAAGGAUGGGAGUCUUGUGGCCCUCAGGAUGCUGUUGGACUACAACUCCCAUCAUCCCUGACCAUUUGCCAUGCUGGAAGGGGCUGAGGGAGAUUGGGAGUCCAGCAACAUCUCAAAGACCACAGGUUCACCAACCCUGGACUACUCCUCUCAUGAAGUAUUGAUACUUCUUCCCACCUAAUGAUAAAAUUGGAAAAAAACUUGAACAAAAGUGAAUGGCCUGUUAGCUGUUUAAGGAUGCAAAUUCCACAGGCAUGACUUGUCUAUUCCAAAAUAUCUCUUGUAUAUGUCUGAAUGCUUCAGAAUAAGUAUUAUGAAAAUUAAGAUAAGAAACCACACAAAAUUUUAAUAGCUACAUAGCACAAUCAAGACUUGAAUGAACGAAUUGCACCAGCCCAGGCUGUUUGGACCAUCCAUUAAUGUUAAAAUAUGUAACAGAGACUACUACUCAGUAAGGCAGUAACCUUUGAUGUGGACUGCACCUCUGUAGACUGAAGGUGGGAGCUCACAUGAUUGUUCCUUGCAACCAAAAAAAUCCCUGCACCUAGAAAACUAGUCAGGGAGAAGGCUAGCCUUGCUUUGGAGAUUCUCAUUUCACACAGGAACACUCAGUCAUGUGAGUCCCCCAUCUACAGUCUGAAGUAGUAUGGUCCAGAUUAAGGGUUGCCAACUCAGAGAGAACUAACCUGAUGUUUCUGCAGUUGUUAACUUGUUGCUUCAGCAUAUGGCAGGAUAUCACUUCAGGAAAAGCUAAUAUUGAUUAGCAAAGUGGUUACGAAGAAAGCUGGCAAAAAAAAGUGUGGCCUCUCCCUUUGCUGCCACUGUUUUUAUGUAUUAAGGUUUAAUUAAAAUGGAGACUGUGGACAUGGGUUAAAAUGACAUCCUUUGUGCACAACCUGUACAAUAACUUUGGAACUUGUUGAAUAAUCAUUUGUUGAGCAAUCAUCAGCUUGGCAGAUGAUAAUCCUCUCCAUUGAAGAGAUCCUAUGGGGGGGGGGGAGAGAGAGAGAGAGGAUAUGAAUGUCAAACUAGUUGGAGACAUCUAUAAUGCGUAUUUGGGAAGCAGUGGCUGCAUCCAUCUGGAAACCUUAAGAGCAAAUGUAUCUGCUUCAACAUUCUACAGAAAAGUGUGUGACGUACAUAAGUCAGCCUUGUGUUUAAGCACUGACCUAUUAGCCACGGGUGACCAGGAAUUACAUGCAGGUAAGCGAACUGGCAGAGGAGACACAUCAUGUUCCAUUCCUCCUCUGUAUCUAAUAAAGAAACCAGGUGGGAUGUACCUAGAGUAGAAACAGCAGGCUGCUCCAAGAAGGGCAGAACUCCCACCCCCUCCUAAGUAUUUUGUAGGUUUAUUUACUGUGUUGACUGUUUCUUAGCCCAAGUCAUUCACUGAGGUUGUUAACCUCGGCAUGCACCCCAUUGCCAAUGUGAGCUCACAUGAUUGAAAUGGUACUUCAUACAAAAAACUAAGAAUGUUGCACACAGAAAACUGGCCAGUAUGGGUAGAAAAGAUAUUUCCCCUGACAAACUAGUUCUAUCUGCAGGGCCUUUUGUUUGUAUGAAGGUGCAUUCAGUCAUGUGAACCCCCACCGCCAGUGUCAUAAGGGCUUAGACACAGGCUAACCACCUAAGCAACCAUGAGGCCUUAAAAACAGAGUGACUAAAACCACCAUUUAUGUCAGAAUCUGACAAUUUAAUCUCCAUAUUGUGAUACAAAGGGUCAGUUCACACAUUUUCCGUUUUUACUGGCUGUUUAAGCAUUCAGGUGUUUAUGCAUUGUGUGAAGUUGACAAUCAUAAAUGCAAUUCCCAUGAGUCUUAUGACAUUCCCCAGCCCCUAUAAUUUGGGGAAAUGUCUAUUGAGUGUACCUGAUUAUCUAGUUCCCAUAUACGUCUUCCAGUAGGAGAGGCAUCCUUGGAGAUAACAGGCUGUGUUCGGAUGGGCAAAAUGUAUUGCACAAACCAGUCAAGACAGUAGCUGUGCAAAUCCAGUAGCAGGAGAGUUCGACCUCCCUUCCCUGAUCUAUUCCCUCCCUUUGCCUUC